AUGGAUAACGUUUUUGACUCUACUAGCUCUAUUUUCGAUAACCUAAAUCUUCAUGUCAAACCAAUGGACUCCUCCAUUAAGAACGGAAUGGACACUAGACGAGCGCAUCGGGGAAAUGGCGAGAAGGAGCAGAAGGGGACGAACAGUAUACAACAAAAUUCUUCUUCCGUACAAGGACAGCAACAAAAUUUUCAACGAUCUGGAGAGACGUCCAAGACCAAUAAUAUUGAGGGCGAAUGGAGCCUUGAUCACUUCGAAAUAAUGAACGAAAAAGCUGAGAAUUGUCAAGUCCUUCAGAUCUUUGGCGAUGCUAAAUCUCUUGAAAGUGCUUUAGGUCUAGGACUAGCAAAGAAACUUGUCGAAUUAGCUGAGGAGUUGCCAAAAACAAGCAACUUCAAAUUCCAAAUAUCAGUUGAUUCAUCAACUUCCUCUGAAAGCAAGGAAUUCUUGUCCAAAGAUCAAAAGACUGUAACUAAUGAACCUAUUGAAAGAGAUCUUGAAUCUAUAAGGAUUGAUAUGAAUAAUGCUAUUAAAGAUAGGGAUGAGAAAAUUGGAGAAUUAAUUAAGGAAAUUGAUGGAUUUAUUCUGAAGAAAAAAAAAUGGUGA